UAAUGCUCUGUAUGAAUAAUAAACAUUAGUAUUGAUAAUUUAGAUUACAAUUUAAAUAGCUUUUCUUGAUUUCAGCCUAGCUUUGGACGAACGAAACGUAAACAUCAAAAUUGACGUUACUUUACUGGUAUACGAUGUUUGGUAUUUACCUUUUUAACAUUAGAACAACACAAUUAUAAUAAAUAAAAAAGUAGGGUAGACUAAACAAUACCUAUUUGAAACGACUAGGCUAGGCUAGGCUUAAUUAAGAUAAGAUGACUGGUUGUAGUUGAGAAUAAAUAAAACAAAAGGUAAUCAUAUAAGUUUUUGAACGAAAGUAGCUAAGACAUACCGCGCAGGCGCGAGCUAUUCAAAAAUGGACAUUCGCACUUAGUAUUUUAUCAUAGUAUUUAAUGAUAGUUUUAUUAGAUUUAAGUAGGGAUUUUAUUAGUUAAGUAUUUAAAAAUGUUACGAAAACGUUAUAGUAGGGGAACAAAAACAAGCGUAUAUCGCUUUCGUGUUAAUAACUGAAAUGUUUCUGCAGGUAAGAGGAAUGACCCUUACCAUUAAAAUCAAUAACAGUAUUUAUGAAAUGACUAUGGGGUUAAAGCAAAAUGUUUAUUUACAGGGUCGCGUUAUAAUUGUUUGGUUAUCUUGGCUUGUAGGAGGUAUUUGCGGAGUUGUUAUUUUGUUAGUUAUAAUUUGUUACUGCCGCCUAAUGCCGCGCCAUCAGAAAUCGUUUGAUGAACAAUAUCUAAAAGAAAACUAUGCCAUCAAGGAGAAUCAUGCGUAUUCUAGUCAGGAAAAUUAUAGAAUGAAACAUGCUGAGGUCAGGGAGGUGCAGGUGCAGCGCCACGCGCGGCCGGCCAGCUACGCGGGCGACGCGGAGUGGCGCGCGGCGCGGGCGCGGGAGCAGGCGCGCGCGCCGCCCGCCGCCGCGCACGACGCCCGCGACCACGCGCUGCAGUACGCCUCCAGCAGCAUGUUGGAUGAAAUAGACAGUGCAGCAAACAUCGACGCGCUGAAGACGAGGUCGCUGCCAGCAUUCCUCCGACCCAAACCACGACCUCUCUCCACCGAGGGAGACUUACAACAACUGUAUGCCAAGGUGAAUCUAAGCAAGAAAUACAAGAACCGCAUGCGCAGCGAACACGCAGCCAUCAUCGCGCUCAGCAAGUCUCACAGCCAGUUCUUCGAUGCAGACGCCGUUAUAGUGUACGACCAGAGAACAGCGCUUUAGCUCAGGUAUAACCAGAUAUACACAAACUAACACUAGGCUACAACGCAAAAAAAAACUUAAUGGACCUCAUAAAAAAGGCAAACUGAUAAUACGAAACUUCAAAAUAGGAUAAUGAAAAGGAGGGUAGAUGUGAAAAUUGAAUUCCUUAAAAAAGUUCCAAUGAACAAAAAUCCAGGCUAAUUCAACUUUUGCUCAAAAUUGUGUCGAAAAUUGUUAUUUAACUCAACAACACGAUUAGAACAAUUAUAUUUACAACCAAAAGUUAAGUUUUAUACUUCUAAACUGAAAAAUAUAAUAACAAAGACUUCUUUAUGUUUAGGACAUAGGUAUUUUAUGUUUUUUUUGGUGGCCUUCUUUAGCCAGUUACGCCAUCAAAUUAAAAGACUUGAAAUAAUUUGUACAAUAAUGAAUGAAACUUACGUGUAGGGUAUACAGGUAAAUGGGAAUAUUAUUCUGUAAAUUAAUUGAAAACAUGAAAUAACCAUUAAGACUAUGCUCAUACCAGAUCGUCGUUUCUCGCAAGGCUUUUUGGUAACAUUUGCCCAAAUUGACUCACGCCUGUCUCAUGUAAAGUCGCCAAAAGAAGGAGCUGAGCUGAGCUGAGUAGACGACUGAACUUACCUUUGUAGUACAUGAGCUUUAGAAAGGAUGACCUUGCUCAAAUUUAUUUUACUCGGCUGAAUAGGAAAAGCGAAAUGGUUCGCUUCAAGGGUAUAGGCACGAAUUGAAGUUUUCAGUUAAUAUUUAGGCUGAAUUUCUUCUAGAAUGUGAUGAACGAAAGUCUUUGCUCUGUUUUCGACUUGGACAGUCACAACUAAUCUUGCAAAUGGCUUGUCAUGACUCAGUGCCAAUAAUUUUAGUUUCAGGCACAAAAUAAAGCCAAAUCAAAUGUGACAUAAUAAUAAUACCGGAUCAGACAUAUCCUUGGUAUUAUUUUAUUUUAGAAGCCGCUGUUUCGUGGGCUACAGUUACCCUCGAGUUAGCCAGGGUGUAUUUUGAAGCAAAGAGCUUUUAAAAUAAAAUAGUGACAGACAAUCUAGUGUAAAAGUAUCCCACUUAUAAAUAAACUCCCGGUCCCCAUAAUUACAUACAUAUCUUCGUAAUAAUAGCAGUUUUGUAACCAUUUGAUAGAUGUAUUUCAUAGAUAACGCGCACAAGCGUAUGGACUAAGUAAAUGGAGGGCGAAAAAGCUUUUUGUAGGAUGGUAUCUACCACAAUGCGUUUAAUGUAGAGAAAAUACUGGAUCCAGAUAUAUUAUUAAUAAAGGUUCUUAUAGCUCUUCUUCGAACUCCAUGUUUACUUAGUCCAGACGCACGUAAGAUGUUAAAGUUACUGCUGGAAACGUUACAAAGAAAGUAAAGUAUUCCAAUCGCGAAAAUUUUUCAAUCUGUUUAUUUUCACGCACAAAAUCUAAACGGAUACGCAGCAUGACCAUGCAACAAAGAUGCAUGACUUUCCUGGUAACUUUAUCAACAUCGAAACCAUUCACAUAUAAGUAAUUCGAUACUCAAAUCAAAAAAAGAUUAAAAAUAUAUUUUUUAUUUUGGAAUAUUGGCGAAAUUGUGAUGGUUAGUCGUGUGAUAAUUUUUUAACGAAAUUGUGGCCUAACUUUUUAUAACUUCAUAAAGUACAGUUGUUUACAAACGCUUAGAAUAAAAUGAAUUCCAAUUCUGUAAAAUAGUGGUAACAUAGCUUUUGCAUCCUGUAGAUUUUUACUGUACGACACAGAUGAUGAAUGUGGCUCCGUUAAUGCACGUUUGUUCACGACUGUACCUAUUUCUUUGUGUGCUAGACACGCGUGCGGGGCUUGUAAGCCGGGCUUCCCGGCUGACGACUGUGAUUUGAUUCUAGUGAACGUUUCGGAAUUCAGUGUACUUUGAGAACUUAAUCCGUCACGUAAGCGAGAUGCUUGAUAAAAUACUGUGUAGUACGACGCUCGCUUACCCAACAACAUAACCAGUUUAUCAAAUUUUCAUGGUACAGUACUGAUUCUUCAAAUGCGUUGGAGCUUUGGAAUGGAUAAAACGGAUCAAAUCACAACAACUAGGCAAAUUUCUUACGUUUAUAGUAUAAAAUGUUGAGCUGUAUAUUUUUACGCAUGAAUGUAAAAUGUAGCCAGCCUAUUUCACAUAAUUAUGUCAUCGAAAUUUCAGAGUAAUAGCAAUUUAUACCAAAUAACAAUAAGGCUAUAUUUUAUAACCAUGCGUUAUGAACAAUAUUAUAUUAAUUGAAUGUAUUUUAUUAGCAAUUGUAGAUUUGUUUAUGGAAAAUAAAGUUUUGUAAUCAGCGUUUA